GCUUGUCUGGUCUUCAGGGACCUCUUCCAGCAGUAAAUCCAAGGAAAGGACUGUUGGGAAAAACUACAACAGUUUAUUUAAAAGCAUUAUCAAGGCUUCGCUGUGCAAACUCCUCUAACUAGCGACAGAAAUUGUCAGACAGGAGGGCAGAUAUCCGUGGGCGUCGUCUGGCCACCAAGCAGAGCAUCCAUUCAUCCUUUCAUUGGCGGCUGAGGUUUUCCAGACGAGCUAGCUAGCGUUAGCCGAGAGGCAGGGGGCAGCUGUGACAGAGGCAUCUUCAAAAUGUCGGGUUACCAAGGAAAGAAGAAUAUCCCACGAAUUACGAGUGACCGUCUCCUCAUCAAAGGAGCAAAGAUAGUCAACGAUGAUCAGUCAUUUUUGGCUGAUAUCUACAUGGAGGAUGGAGUCAUUAAGCAAAUCGGAGACAACCUUAUUGUUCCUGGGGGAGUUAAGAUCAUAGAGGCUCAUGGGAGAAUGGUGAUGCCGGGGGGCAUUGAUGUGCACACUCGCUUCCAGAUGCCCGACCGGGGCAUGGUGGCAGCAGAUGACUUCUACCAGGGCACCAGGGCAGCCCUGGCUGGAGGGACAACGAUGAUCAUUGACCAUGUGGUGCCGGAGCCUGGCGUUGGCCUGGUUGCAGCUUUCAAACAGUGGAGGGAGUGGGCUGACAGUAAGUCCUGCUGUGACUACUCUCUUCACAUUGACCUCACCGAGUGGAACAAAGGCACCCAGGAAGAGAUGGAGACACUGGUGAAGGAUCAUGGUGUCAACUCUUUCCUGGUCUAUUUGGCUUAUAAGGAUGUUUUCCAACUUUCUGACUCCCAGAUCUAUGAGGUGUUUAGUGUCAUCAGAGACCUUGGGGCCAUUGCACAGGUGCAUGCUGAGAAUGGAGACAUCAUCUUAGAGGAGCAGAGACGUAUCCUGGAGCUGGGGAUUACUGGUCCUGAAGGUCAUGUGCUCAGUCGCCCUGAGGAGGUGGAGGCUGAGGCAGUCAAUCGCUCCAUCACCAUAGCCAAUCAGACCAACUGUCCCCUCUACAUCACCAAGGUGAUGAGCAAGAGUGCUGCUGAUGUCAUCGCCCUCGCCAGGAAAAAGGGUGCUGUGGUUUAUGGAGAGCCAAUAUCUGCCAGCUUGGGUACAGACGGUACUCAUUACUGGAGCAAGAACUGGGCCAAGGCAGCAGCCUUUGUCACUUCUCCACCGCUCAGUCCUGAUCCCACCACCCCCGACUACCUCAACUCUCUGUUGUCAUGUGGAGACUUGCAGGUGACUGGUAGUGCUCACUGCACUUUUAACACCUCUCAGCGUGCAGUAGGCAAAGAUGACUUCACUCUAAUCCCAGAGGGCACCAACGGCACCGAGGAGAGGAUGUCAAUAAUCUGGGACAAAUGUGUUGUGACUGGUAAGAUGGAUGAGAACCAGUUUGUGGCUGUGACGAGCACAAACGCAGCCAAGAUCUUUAACCUGUUCCCUCGUAAGGGUCGCAUCGCUGUGGGCUCUGAUGCUGAUCUUGUGCUGUGGGACCCGGAUGUCACCAAGAUCAUCUCUGCCAAGAGCCACAACCUGGCUGUGGAGUAUAACAUCUUUGAGGGCACAGAGGUGCGUGGAGGUCCUGUGGUUGUGAUCAGUCAGGGUAAGAUCGUGUUAGAGGAGGGCAGCCUGCACACCACCGAGGGAUGUGGACGCUACAUCAGCCGUAAACCUUUCUCUGACCACGUGUACAAGAGGAUAAAGGCUCGCAGCAGGCUCACAGAGCUGCGAGGAGUCCCACGGGGCCAGUAUGAUGGCCCGGUGUGCGAGGUGACUGUGACUCCUAAGGUGAUGUCCACAGUCUCCUCAGUGAAGACUUCCCCUGCUAAGCAGCAGCAGCAGCAGCAGCAGUUCACUCACCAGCCGGUGCGCAACCUCCACCAAUCCGGCUUCAGUCUGUCUGGAGCCCAAAUUGAUGACAACGUUCCUCGUCGCACCACUCAGCGCAUCGUGGCGCCCCCCGGUGGAAAAGCCAACAUCACCAGCCUGGGCUAAGCUCUUUUUGAUAACUGAGCUGGGGGGAUGCAGGACAACUGGGGACCAGAGGCCACUUUUCCUGCUGUUACAUCACAUCUGGUCACCUCUGACUCCCCCUGCACCCCACAAGCACUCCCUCCAUCCAUUCUUACUCUCACACCACCACUUUGUCACCUCAUGAAAAAACCCUCGCUCCAUUUUUUUCAUCUUUCCUGCCAUAUUCCAUUUUGAAGGAAGAAUCAUGUGAAUUGAAGCAGAUUUUUUUUGCUGUUUAUGCCCAGUUUUAUUUUAAUGAAAUGGAUUUGUUUACAUUUUUGUAUAAUUGUCGCUGCAUAUGAAUGAGCUGUUUAUUUGCCCUCUUUGCUCAGAAAGUUUUAUGAGCGGGCAUUUGAGAGACUCCAUUUUUCUUAACGCAUUGUUCAUUUGUCAGAUAUAAGUUUGAAUGUGCUGGUGGUCCCUUUACUGUACCACCUUCAGUAAUCUUUGUUUUAACACUGCUACACUACAAGAUUGUUGUUUAAAUGUAGAAAUGUUACUAAAAACUCAUGAAACUUCAGAACUUAUGGUUUCCUCUUGUCAGAACAGCUCAAUUUAUCAGAAGUUUGCAGUAUCUUUUUUUGUGUCGGUAGUUUCUGCAGCUGAACAGUUCACCUCGGUCUUCCUUUUUAUGUUGUAGUUGCACUUUUUAAAGAUUGAUGUUUUAUGUUUUUGUCAUGAUCAAGUCAUGUUGGAAAGUGCUGAAAGGGAAAAAUGCUUUUAAGGGUUCUCAUUUUCACUCAUUUAGCUUAGCUUUGAAUAUGAUGGAAGAAAGCUUUCACGGAAAAAUGUCAAAGAAACACAAAGCUUUCAUUUCAUUCAUUAUUUUGUUUUUUUCUCAUAUCAUUAAAGAGGCUGUGAAGGCAACAAGCUUCUACUAAUCUGACAAGUGUAUAUUGUUACAAAAAAACAGACGAAGAAGAAGCUAGGUGGGCGUUUUGCCGACACCCUCUCUGCACCCGGUGCUAUGAGCAUUGCUGCACAUGUGCAGAUGAUGUCUAACUCCACAGCCAUCAUGUCACAUUUACCAAGUUUUGACACAAUUUGUUUUGCACCUGCAGCAAUCCAAACAUAAAAACAAAUGUAUGUAAGCUUGCAACUUUUUCUUUGUAAUGGAUAUAUCUGUAUGUUUUCAUUGAACUGAAAUACUUGCCUGCCUGUUCUGUAAGAUAUUGAUAGCACACUGUAUUUAUGAAGGCUCUUGAAAAGAAGUGAGACCAUGAUCUUUGAGACCUGAUGAAAAAUCUCUCGGUAUAUUAAUGAAACCCGUCACAGCGUGCUCAUGAUGUGUCCACUGUACUCGGUGUUAGUGUUGUGAAUGAACUACCAGAUAUCCAGUUUUUCUUCUCUUACCCUCCAACCCUGCACCCGCCCCGACACGAGAUACACUUGAGGAAGUAAAAGUCACCAAACAGACAGGUUUUCAGUUUCAACUGUGAAAUACUGGAUUCUUUCUUCCUCAUUGCCUUGUCAAGUGUAGGUUUUGUAUGACGAUAAUGUGAAGUGAUAAACAUACGGGGAAGUUUCUUGGUAAUGGUUAUUGAUUGUGAUGUUGAGCACUGUUGUUGCCCCUCUCCCAGCAGGUGUGAUACUCUCUCAGUCUGUAUGUUUUGUAGGAUAUCAGGGUUUUUUGGGGGGGAAA